GUAUUAGGAGCUGUCUAUAUCUCUGCCCCUUCAAUAGGCCAAGGGAUGGGUCAUAGCCCGAUCGGGACUCUGUUAAUGACUGUUCCGCCGUUUGCUGUGGGAUUUGUUCCCUGCAUCGUAACUGCUUAUGUGGCAGAUCUAUACAAGGCAAGGGGGGCCAUGGUACUAGGCACAAGCUUUCUCUUUUUGGUCGGGAUUCUGUUAUUUUACACAGGCCGGACGACUCCUGUCCGUUACACUGGACUGUUUUUCCUCAUCUCUGAUGCUUAUGCAAGCUCGCUUUGCCUGCUGGCAUGGGUGCCAAACAAUGAGGCCGCACACACGAGACGACCUACGGCAAUCGCUACCGCAUUCUGCUGCACCAACGUUGGCGGCAUAGUGAGUACUUUGGAUUUUCCCCACCAGUCAGGCGCCCUUCUACCCUUUCGCUUCAAAAUACUUACUUGCUUUCUCUAGUUCUGGUAGCGAUCGCGUUGAUCGCGACAGAGUUGUCGAUACUAGCCAAUCUCAACAAACGCAAGCAAGCCCCAGAAUAUACGGGGAAGCUGCUCGCCCCAGUACAAUAUAUGAGCUUGGCGCAGCAGAUGGUGGUGCUUGGAGACUCGCAUCCUGACCACAAAUAUAUCUUUUGA